CAUACUUCUAGAGAGGCAAGACAUUUACUGGAGAGACCUGGCUGCUUGAACGAUGGGAGACACGCCGAGGCACUUCACUGUGAUGAACACACCCGACAGGGGCCGAGUGUGCGUGGCUACCCAGGCCUUCAAGGCCGGAGACGUGCUCUUGGAGGACCUUGCCUUCGUGCACGCCAGUGAGCUACCCGACCGGUGCUUAGCUUGCUGCGGUUUCCACGAGGCGUCGGCGUGCUUCAAGCUCAAGCCGCAGGGCCCACUUCCCUGCCCUCCCGAGCUGCUGGAGGAGCUAGAUGCCGCGGCGGACGAGAUGUGCGACCUGGAUGCGGUCAACACCCUCGACAGAGCUCGCUGCUUUAUCCAGUGCAUGCUCAUGUACCGGAAGGAUCCGCUGUCGCUGGACCCUCUCGCCCCCCUCACGGCGGCCAACCUUCCGCGUUGCCUUGAGAGCGUUGUCUCCAUUCGUGAGCUCAUCCCUGGGCUGUUUCCGGACGGCAUGACCAAUGACCGAGCGGCGAGGAUUCUGGGGACGCUCAACACUAAUUCUCACGAGCUCGAACAGGUGGAAGGAUCCGGGUUGUUUCUUAUGGCCUGCAUCAUGGAGCACGAUUGUACCCCCAACUGCAGCUUCACGACCUUCGGGGACAAGCUCUGGGUGACGGCCAUACGGCAGGUGGGGGAGGGAGAGCGCCUCUCCAUCGACUACGGCAACAACUUCUACCUGCCCACCGCAGAGAGGAAGGCGGAGCUAGAGGACAUCUACGGGUUCGUCUGCACCUGCCGCGCGUGCACGGUCCUGCCCGACCGGUGCCGAGCCUUCCGGUGCCCGUCCAAGGACUGCCGCACCGGCAAGGUCUGCCCGCACGGCGACGGCGGGGACGAGUCCGCGGAACGGUCUUGGGGAUGUCUGGCGUGCGGGCACCAGUGCGACCCCGAGGAGAUCGAGGUGUUGCUUGAGGCGGAGGAGUCGCUGUCUGAGGCCCUGGAGAUGGCUGACGAGCUAGGAGUGGAACAAAUCGACGCUUUAGUGCAAGACGCCAGGGUGGUACACCCCACGCACUACGUGGUCUUCUGGGCGUUGGAGGCGACGGCGAAGCGGCUUUCCGGCGAGAGCGCAGGAGGCGGGGGGCGCCGCGAGCGCGUGGCUCAGGCGGCGGAGGCAGCCUGGGCAAGGCUGGUAUCGGCGGUCGAGGAGGCGCUGCCGGCCCUGCACCACGAGAAGGUGGUGUACUUGGAUGCUCUGGCGCAGUCGCGGGUCGUCGCCGGUGACAUCAAGGGCGCCCGCGAGGCCUACGAGUCGGCGCACAGGGUGUCCGUGAUGGUGAGCGGCGCCAACACGAUCCCGACGCUGGACAUCAAGUCUCUCGCAGAAAGGACGCCGACCUCGGCCAACGAGCUCCGUGCCAGGUACUCCGGCGGCCAGGUAUGACGACAACGUCACGUAAUCAAUCGUGACAAGCCACGCCAAUCCCUCCGGACAGGCGCGACGACGACAAAGUCAAGGCAACAAGUGCCGGCCGGCAGCUGUUUUAUAUGAUAUCAGAAGCCUCUUCCUUGUCCUGGAUGGCGGCGUGCAGUGGCGGCCGUUGAGGCGGUGGUGGCCGCGGGGGCGGUUUCCGUCGGUAGCGGAGGCAGCGGCGGCGGCGGCGGCGGUGGCGACAUCGGUCGCACACAGCUGUGGUGAAGGACAGGGGUCUCAACAGACUUGGGGUUGUUCUCCCAGGGUCGCCUGGCGUGGAGCUAGGUUCCCGCGGCGACGGCGGCGGUAUUUGUUUAGCGGUAAGCAAUAGCUAGGUGGUCGUGCCACCUUGCCGAAGCUGAGAUUUGGCGAAAGUGACCCGGCAAGCGGUAGUGGCUGCUGCUGCCU